CCCGUAAGAGAAGAGAUGUUGGCGACAUCACGGGUUGAACCGCUUGUCUUGCCCGGUCCACCACUCAGGCAAAUUCGUAAUUCUAGAAUCUCCAACAUCACCCUGAUUCGAUCAUCAUCAGCAGCAGCAGCAGCAGCAGAAGCAGAGGCCAUGGAGGAGCAGCAGAGGCAGCGAGUGGUGGUUUGCGGCGGCGGAGUAAUCGGAGUCUGCACUGCCUACUUCUUAGCCAAGAAAGGCGCCGCCGUAACCCUCGUUGAGAAAUCAUCUAUAGCCUGCGCCGCCUCCGGCAAAGCCGGCGGCUUCCUCGCCAUCGACUGGUGCGACGGUGGGCCGCUCUCUUCCCUCGCCCGCGCCAGCUUCAAUCUCCACCGUUCCCUCGCCCAAGACCUCGACGGCCCCCAAUCCUACGGCUACCGCCCCCUCACCACCCUCAGCCUCACCAUCACCGAAUCCCAAACACCCCACCCCCAAAACCCUACCCAAUCUCUACCUUCUUGGGUCGACGGUCCAGCCCGAAACCCUAGAACCAUCGGGACCACCAACACCACGGCCCAAGUUCACCCCGAGCUAUUCACUCGAACGCUACUGACGAAGGCGGUGGAGGAGCAUGGAGUUGAGGUGGUGAUCGGGAAAUUGGAGAGCGUGGCGGUGGAGGGAGGCGGAGUGAGGGCAGCGUUGCUGGAGGGAGGUCGUGAAAUUGUUGCCGAUGCGGUGGUUUUGGCACUUGGGCCGUGGUCUGGUAAAUUGUCAAUUCUGUCAUCGAUUUUCAGAGUGUAUGGGCUGAAGGCGCAUAGUAUAGUACUGGAGCCUAAAGAACCUGGUGCGAUUUCGCCUCAUGCUCUGUUUCUCACUUACUAUGCGGCCCAGGGAGGGAAGCCUAUGGAUCCUGAAGUCUACCCUCGUCCCACUGGGGAGGUGUACAUAUGCGGAAUGUCAGCUCAAGUUGAGGUACCGGAUGAUCCGGAACAGGUGAUAGGGAACCCUGAAUCAAUCGCAGUGCUUAAGAGAGUUGCAAGGACCGUGUCAAGCCAUUUAGGGGAAGGGGAAGCUACAGUGAAAGCGGAGCAAGCUUGCUUCUUGCCAUGCACUGAUGAUAGUGUGCCAGUAAUUGGGGAGCUUCCGGGAGUGAAGGGACGUUAUGUGGCAACCGGGCACAAUUGUUGGGGCAUUCUAAAUGGUCCAGCUACUGGGGCUGCCGUUGCAGAGCUUGUGGUUGACGGUUGUUCUAGUAUUGUUGAUCUCAGUCCGUUUAGUCCAGCCAGAUUUAUGGGUGGUAGGAAAAGAGGGAUGUAACUUUUGCACACGUGAAUUAGUUUUAGUGACGAGAAAAUGUAGACUUUGAUGCUGAAUAAAGGAAAAGAGUGAUGUAACUUUUGCACAGAUGAAUUAGCUUCAGUGUUGAGAAAAUGUAGAAUUGGAUGUUCAAUAAAAGAUUCGAUUUUUUUCUCCAUCUGAAGUAGUGCUAGUUCCUCUGCAAUAAAAGUUUGGAAUUGUUGGCCAACAUA